AUGAGGACUUUCCUCUUUCUCUUUGCCGUGCUCUUCUUUCUGACCCCAGCCAAGAAUGCAUUUUUUGAUGAGAAAUGCAACAAACUUAAAGGGACAUGCAAGAACAAUUGCGGGAAAAAUGAAGAACUUAUUGCUCUCUGCCAGAAGUCUCUGAAAUGCUGUCGGACCAUCCAGCCAUGUGGGAGCAUUAUAGAUUAA